AGGAAGGAAAAGCAGAAGUAGAUGGUGACCCCAACAUUUCCUGUGAGAAUGCAAGUCAAGACUCCACACCAAAGGAAUCCCAGGAGGAAUGCAGCAAAACCAUCCUGGAGGUUGGGAAGCCAGUGCCAUUGCCCUGUCUGCCAGGCCUUCAGCAGUCAGGGCCUGGGAACCAGAGCUAUGUGGCCCCCCUGAAGUCCCAGACAGCUGCUGCAGUGUCUGAGAGGAAAAGACGGAGAAUGGGAAGGUCCAGCCUUGUGCCCAGGAAAAAAAGCAGAGGCUUAAAGCAGAGAAUGGCUGACAUGGAGAAGAGCUCAGCAGGCACAGGUCUCUUUGAUUCUGUUGGCUUGGAUGUCAGUUUAAAGAACACGGAGAGUGAGACUCCAGCCCAGUGCACUGGCCUGAGCUCUGAGGUCUGGGUGGCCCUGGAGACAAAGAAGACUCUUGAAGAAACAUCUAAUGAGAGGCCUACCCAGACAGAGAAGGUGCUGAGCAGAGACAUCUCCCGGGGUUACGAGCGGGUCCCGAUUCCCUGUGUCAAUGCUGUGGACAGUGAGCCGUGUCCCAGCGACUUCAAAUACAUUGUGAAGAGCUGCUUCACCUCCGCAGUGGCCGUUGACAGCAACGUCACUCAUUUACAGCGCUGCGCGUGUGCGGACGACUGCUCCUCCAGCACCUGCGUGUGUGGGCAGCUCAGCGGGCGCUGCUGGUACCGGCAGGACGGCCGACUGCUGCCCGGAUUCAACCAGAGGAACCCCCCGUGUAUCGUCGAGUGCAACCCCAUGUGCUCGUGCUGGCGAACCUGCAGGAACCGCGUGGUGCAGAACGGGCCCCGGGUUCAGCUACAGCUGUUCCGCACACGAGAGAUGGGCUGGGGCGUGAGAACCAUGGAGGACAUUCCAGCAGGAACCUUUGUGUGCGAGUACGUCGGUGAGGUGAUCUCCGAUGCCGAGGCAGAGCUCCGUGAAGACACCUACCUGUUCGACCUGGACAACGAGGCAGGAGACGUGUACUGCAUCGAUGCGCGUUUCUAUGGCAACAUCGGCCGCUUCAUCAACCAUCACUGCGAGCCCAACGUCUUCGCUGCCAGGGUCUUCACAUCCCAUCAGGACGUGCGCUUCCCCAGGCUGGUCUUCUUCAGCGCGAGGGACAUCAGAGCUGGAGAGCAGCUUGGCUUUGACUACAAGGAGGAUUUCUGGGCCGUCAAAGGCAAAUCCUUCAGCUGCAAAUGCGGCUCUGGCAGGUGCAAGUACACGAGCUGGGUGCUGGCCAAGCGCCAGGCGCGCGCCCUGUCCCGCAGCAGGAAGCCAAAGGAGGCCCCUGUCAGGAGCUGGGCGGCAAAGGCUCCACGGCACAGGCACUGAGUGGGUGUCAACCUGUGUGCUGGGCUUGGCGGGGAGAGGGUGAGCUGUCCCUGGCACU